UUGAGGGACAAAUUUUGCUGGCAGACUAUAUGCUCAAUGUAAUGACACUUCUGUCAUGACGUCAGAGAGAAGUUUUUGAGGGCGACGAGCGCUGGAGAGUCGUGAGCGCCGGAGGCCCAAGCCGUCGCCCAGAGGCCAAGGCCCGCCCAGAGAAAAAAUUGAAAUCUUGACCCCCUCAAAUGCCAUUUCCUGCACAUUUUGCUUGUUUAAUAACCAAGUUCGGUAAAGAAAUUUCUACUAGUUGGGAGGCGACGGUCCCGCAACAUAUUUUCACCAUGUCCACUGCCGAAGGGGUGAGCCAAUUGUAAGGAAGGUCCAGCGAAAUUUUGAAAUCUGGACCCUUUGAAACGCAAUUUCAUGCCUUUUCACGGGUAAACUAGCUUUGCCGGUAGACUAGUUAAGUUUAAUGAAAUUUUGAUUACGCUUUACGAACAAUUCAUAUGAAUUACGUUUUACGGUAAAACCCGGUUAGCUUCUACGUAAUACGUUAAAUUAAAGGGGCCAAUAUCGCUCGACGCAAAAUUACGCUCUACGUUGAAUUCGAGCGUUCCCGCUACGGAGUACGUAGAAUUAAAACCGUCGAUUACGCUCUACGGAAAAGGGCUUGCGGGCCCCCAUUGAGCGAAGGAGGCCUUAGUACUGUAUGCGUGCAUUAUUCUCCAAGUUGAGGUUGUGUCGGAGCGAGUCGGUAAAAAUCCUACUAGUAUAUCUCCGCGACUCAACCCCUGCUUGGAGAAUGUGCUGGCAUACCAAAACAUUUUGACACCAUCAUCACCGUACGGUCGUCAAAUGAUUGUACUGCACUGCAGCCUGUUGUUUUCUCUGAAAUACAGCGUGUGGCUGACAAAUAUUUUGCCACCGUUUCACCACAUCAAAUCUUGUAGUCUUGUAGGAUUUGAACCGACAUGGCAGAACCUAACUCGCAUUACCGAUACUUUUUCAAAUUUUUCUAUCCGCACUAUUUUACAUCCGCGCCCUGUGGGUUCUUGGGUCGCGGAUGGAUACAGUCACUCUAUUCUGCGGUCGGAUGUUUUUCAGGACAGCACGGUUGAUAGUUUAAACUUUGAGAAUUUGAAAACUGUUGCCUGCGUUUAUAGAAGCUCUCAUCAGCUUUGUGUAAGUCCCUGGUCCAAGACCAUCUUUAAGAAGGUCUCAGGAACCAGUUUAUCAGGAAGACGUUGCAGAAGUGAUUUGGACCAUUACUACCAUCAUGGCAACCAGUGGAAUUGGCUCGGAUGAAAUGGGAAGCUGUUUAGAAGGGGAGUUUGGUGGCAACACUGUGACUGCAAAACACUACACGUGUGAGGAGUGCAGCAAGCAGCUCAGUUAUCCGAGUCUACUGAAAAGACACCUGCGUUCUCACACAAAACCCUACAGGUGUGAGGAGUGUAGCAAGCAGUUCAGUCAGCUGGAUCAGCUAAAGACUCACAUACAAACUCACACAGGUCAAAAACCCUACAUGUGUGAGCAAUGUGGCAAACAGUUCAGUGAGCUGAGCAGUCUGAAGAAACACAUGCGGACUCACACUGGUGAGAAACCAUACAGGUGUGAGGAGUGCAACAAGCAGUUCAGUCAGCUGGGCAAUCUAAAGACUCACUUUCGCACUCACACAGGUGAGAAACCCUACAAGUGUGGGGAGUGCAGCAGGCAGUUUACAACCCUAAAUCAUUUAAAGAGGCACAUGCAAACUCACACAGGGGAAAAACCCUACAGGUGUGAGGAGUGCAACAAGCAGUUCAGUCAUCUGUGCAAUUUAAAGAGUCAUGUGCGUUAUCACACUGGCGAAAAACCCUACAGAUGUAAGGAGUACAGCAAGCAGUUUAGUCAGCUACAUCAUCUGAAGUCUCACAUGCGUAGUCACACAGGCGAGAAACCCUACAAGUGUGAGGAGUGCAGCAGGCAGUUCAGUGAGCUGAGCACUCUAAAGAAACACAUGCGGACUCACACAGGUGAGAAACCGUACAGAUGUGAGGAGUGCAGCAGGCAGUUCAGUCAGCAGAAUGAUGUAAAGAGACACAUGCAGACUCACACAGGAGAGGAACCCUACAGGUGUGAGGAGUGCAACAAGACUGGAUCGACUGGAUCGUGUAAAAAGACAUGAAGACUCACACUGGGCACAGUUCUUAAAGAUGUGAGAACAGAAAGACUCGAGAACUGGUGGUCUGUAUGAUGCUGAUAUUCAGAGUCUACUGGGCUGCUACAGUGGUCUGGGUGGCGACACCCGACAUAAGUCAAGUACAUAACUCUAUCUGAAGCUUGAAAAUACAAAGGAAGAAAACAAUGACAUUCUGAAAGUGGAAAUAUUUGUUUUUUUACCACUAACAGUUUAUGAUUUAAAAUAUCAGUCAGUUGGAUGUACAGAUUCUUCAGGAUAAAAAAAAGGGAAAAUGAAAAUAAGAAAUAGUUCCGGUCUGCUUCUAGUGUUGUAACAGUUUUUGUUAUUUCUGUUCUUUCUGUUUUUAUUUAGUUCGCGCCAUACAACUGCUAACAGUGUAGGACUGAGGUGAGGCUUUUUACUUACCAGGGCUCGAAAUACUGGGUGCAUGUCACCCAAAAUUGGAGCUGUGCACCCAAUUAUUUUCUGUGGGUGCACAGGGUGCACCAAAAUAUUCUUUUUUCAUUUAUGUAUGUAAAGAUAUCAAACUUUCAAAGAAUACUAUUACACAGCAUAUUCUCGGCAUCUAAGUGUUAGAAAGAUGAUAAAAAAUGUCUGUCAUGGUACUUGUUUAAGAAUUUGAUAGCUUGUAACUAAGUUUUAUUAUUAGGUUAUUAGUUGAAUGUAAGUGGUGCACCCCAAAAUUUUUUGGUGCACCCAAUUUUUUUAACUGGGUGCGCCAGUGCACCUAAUCCCAAAAAUGGAUUUCGAGCCCUGCUUACAGACUUACAAAGUUUCACUAUAACUGUUCUUGAUUUUCUACUUAUUGAAAACAAACGAUUUUACAUCUUGAUUUUGAGACUUAUGGAUGUACAACAUAUGUUUGACAGAGCACAUUUACUAUCUAGUGUUGUGAGUUGUUAGCUUUAAUUAUAACUCCAUAUUCAGGGAGGCUUGUAUAGCUCCCCCUGGCCAUGUACUUUUGAGGAAUGAUAAAUAAAGUUGUAUGCAAACAUUUGUUUGAUAGUUUAGUUUGUUUCUAUUUACGAAAGUGUUUUCACAACCAUAACAGUUGUUAUCUGUAUUGUGUUACAUGCUGCAUAGAUAAAGCCAGAUUUUUACUAUUUACUGCCAUAAAUAUAUAGCUGUUACUUUGUAAUUGUAGUUCUACAUUUAACCAGGUAGCAUUUCAUGAAUUUUUAGCAAAAAGUAGUUCUGUUGUUCUUUGUUUCAUUUCAACGUAUAUGUAGAGACAUGUUUGGUCAAUUUUGUAUAUUUACAGUUAUCCAAGUUACUGAUAUUUCUGUUUUAGUCUUUGAUGUGCUAUUGAAGUGACGUCAUAUUAAAGCAGCUUGGAAUAGAAGUGUUUCGCUCUAUUACAACAAGACAACAACUGGGUAACAAUUGAAUUAAAGUUCACUGUACCUUAAGGUUACUCCAGUUCUCUUUUCUCUUAUGUGGUAAAAAAAAAGAUCACCGUUCAACAGAAAUGCAGAUCAGGUAUCAAAAUUGCUUUAUGCUUAUGCAAUAUACAUGUAUGUGCAAAAUUCCUGAUUUAAAUGUUAAUAACUAGCCUCCUAUGUUGCGUAAUGUUGUAUUAUAUCAAUUUCUCAUUAGCCAUGCAUAUUAAAUGGAGAUGUGAAUACUUUGUGUAUGUUUGAGUAUAAAAAAGAGCGUUCAGCACCAAGGACAGGUCAACAACCCACAACCAAUGAUUUUUUUGGGUCAUGAGGUAAAGGGAUGUCUUGCCAGUCAUAUAACUUCUCUUGAUUCAUGGAUAUAAAGCAUUUCAUAGCAAACCUGAAGAAGUGAGCACCUCUACAUAGGGACCACCUGGCCAAUGUGAACACUUUUUUGUGGUCUCUUAUAUAAUUUACCCAUUCAUACAAGAAUUAAGAAUCCUGUCUUCAGUUGUCAGAUUUAUCGGACUCGAGACACCUGGCAAACAUUACACCUAUAAGUUGUAAUGGUUGAUUACCUUAUUCGUCACUAGCCUGAUUGAAUCUCGCUUAUAGCAGCUCGCCCAACAUCGGCCGGCCU